AUGGCCUCACAGACGAAUCCAACGCCCCACGGCCUCGUCUCGGCUGUUGUAGAUCCCGCAUUUUGGCCUCAGCAGCUCUCCGACUCGAGCUCGCUGGCCCUGCACUUUUCGCCCACUGCGAGCUCCGCCACGCAGGAGAGCGUGAAUGGGAGCACCCCGCCUGCCCACACUCCAAAGUCGGACACUUCUCAAAGAGCCCCCAGAGCCCAAGGCAAUCAUGGCGAGCGCGAGCAACCGGCGCAACAGGCGCAGCCCGCUAUAAAGGCGGUGGCGGUCGCCUGCGUUCCGUGCCGGACCCGCCACUUGAAAUGCCACGGUGGCGUGCGCUGCUCCAGAUGUAGGGACGAUGGGCUCGAAUGCACCUACAUCAAGUCGCGAAGAGGUUGGAAAGGGAAAAGGAAGCCCAAGACUGGUGGUCAAGGUGAUGAUGGAUUGUCAGCACAAUCGAUUCCUGGCCAAAUCGUGAACGGCAAUGGCACCCUGUUGGUCAGCCCCGUUAACACCACUCUACCCACUUCGACUCUUCCUUUGCAAUCGCCAGAGUACAGCUUUACCGACGCCUUGACCAAAAUCCCUGCUUAUGGGUUAGCCACCACGAGCCAAUACAACCUGGAUGGGUCCUCAAGGGCACUUCAGAAUGGCGCCAAUGCUCCCCGAGAUGCUUUCUCGGCCUUCUUUUACUACUUCUACAACUCCCACCCGUUUGUCCUGCCGCAACCACGGUUGCUGCAACUGUUCCAAGAAAGAAGAGCACCCCUCCUGGAACUUGCAGUCCAAUACGUGGGUUCAAGCUUUUUGCCCGCCGUCCCGACGAGUAUGUACGAGGAGGCCCUGGAGCGGGCUCUCUUGAACCAGACGUAUCCCAAAGACGGAUAUUCACUCCAGGCCCUUCUCCUAUAUUCUAUUGGUCUGCAUGCAAACGACAGGACCCAAAGGGCUGCUCAAGUGUUCGCACUAGCCCAGGCACUGACGAUUGAGCUCGGUGUGCAUCGGCGAGAGUUCGCUCCGUUGAACUCAAACGGGGAUAGAGUCCUAGAGGAAAGCUGGAGACGAACGUGGUGGUCCAUGUACGUCAGCAAUGGCAUGAUGGCUGCUGUCAAUCCAGGCGUGCAAUUCCGGUUAAAGGACGUAGCACUCGAGGUGCCUCUACCUUGCGAGGAUGAACGAUAUUUCUCGGGGCUCAUCCCGCUUCCCAACACCAUUGAGGAUUACGACGACGACGCCUUCAGCGGCGCCGAACCUACCAUUUUCUCCUCCUUCACCUACCUCAUCGACGCAAUCCGUAUCCUGGGCCGCGUCUUCGAAGUCGCCCGUCUAGACAGCACCUUCGAGUACCACGCCGUCGACGUGGUCGACACCAACCUCUCCACCUGGCGCGUCAACCUACCCCCUUGCAAGCGGAACAUCAUCUCCAAUGACGGCACGGUCGAUGAAGUCCUCUUUCAGGCCCACAUGGUUCACAACGGCAGCACAAUUAUGCUGCAUCGCCCACGCUCGAACCUCGGUUUCGGGGUCAUCGAGAACGUGAACGUCUGCGUACAACCUGGACAAGUCCUGCUCCCCACGCAAACCCGCGAAAUCCACACGGGCAAAUGUCUCACCAGCGCCGAAAACAUUGCCGCGCUGAUUAAGCUCCCCUGCCCCUUGAUCAACCACACCCCCUUCUUCACCUGCGUCGUCGUCAUGGCGUCCGUCGUGCACCUGUCCUACUGGUCCUUCCUCGUCCCCGACGGCGAAGACGACGUCAUUAAGCAGAGCAUCAGGCUCGAUGUCGGUACCUUGCAGCAAUAUAGCUUGACGUGGCCGAUUGCGGGAGUGGUGCUGGGCCAGGUGAGGGGGGUGGCGCACACGUUGUGGAAUAGCAAGAAGGCGAUGAAUAUUCAUUUGUGGAGUAAUCUGGCGCAGGAUGAUAUCAUUCGGAAUGUUAUCGAAGAAGGAGGGCAUGAGCCGUUGGAGAAUUAUUCCCGGUUGAUUGCACCGAUGCUGAGGUCUUGA